AUGGUAGUCUCUGGUAAAGUAAACUGUACCAAUGGCUUUGUCUCCAGAAAUCGCAGUGGAUAUAAAUCAGUCAGUCCGUGUCGCUCUAUUUUCGGCUCGGAAUGGCGUGCCCGAGACAAGGAGAGAUGGGUCGCCGAGUCUUCCCGGGUGGUGUUGGCUGACCACCGUGAGCUGGAUUCCGUGAAGCCGGGCAGCACCGUGACGCUAAGGUGUCGUGUGGACGGCGGCCCGGAUCUCUACUAUGCUUGGAAGAGGAACGGCGAUUCGGUCUCGGGCCUCGGCGGGGUGACGGUCUCCCGGCGGCGUCUCACGAUCGACGACUUCGACCCCACCGUCCACAACGGCGUCUACACGUGCUCGGCCUCCAUCUACAAGCCAGGGACGCCCCAGCACCACGACGGCGCCCGCCCCUCGCACCUCACGGCCACCACCACCGCCUUCCCGCUCGUCCUCGCGAUUAAAGAUCCACGGCUUCCCUCGAUAGUGGACGUCCCAGAAUCCCAGGUGGUAGGGCCGGACCGGGGGGCCUUACUCAAGUGCAGCUACGAAGAAGGGACGCUGACGGAGUGGUACCUUCAGGACAGCGGGCCUCUCACCAACAAUUCCAGACACCUCGUGCUGGGAAACGGAAGCCUGCAGAUCCUGGCCGCCAGCAUGGGCGACGAGGGCGUGUAUAAGUGCGUGGGCGUGCAUCCCGACCGCGUAGAUUCCUCCUCGUACGCUGCUACACUCACCCUUGCCUACCUAGACGACAAGACGCCACCCACGCUGGAGCCAGGACCCAACAUCCGGGCGAGUCACGUCGUGGGCAAGGGCGGGCGUCUGCGCGUGAUCUGCCUGCCCCCGGCGGGAUUGCCGCGCCCCGAGGUGACGUGGGUGGCGCCGCAGCUGCAGAAGCUCCAGUCGUCGGGCUCCAUCCAGGUGGACGGCGCGGCGCUGGUGGUCGAGGACGCCACUGAGGACCACGCGGGGAACUACACCUGCAUCGUGUCCAACCUCGCAGGAAACGCGUCGCUGGCGCUCGAACUCGUCGUCACCAGGAAACCCGAGGUACAAAUGAUGACGUCAUCGGUCUCCGUUCUUGAAGAGGAGACAGGUCGACUCGAAUGCAGGAUGGACACGUCGCCGCCACCUUACACGAACGUCUCCUGGACUCGGGACGGACACCCGGUGAGCGUGGACGACUACCGCGUGUCUCUGUCGGGGAUGGGCGAGGGCGUGAGUCAGGGCGUAUCUGUUUUGCGGAUCCGAUGGGCGCGCUUGGAGGACGUGGGUCUGUACGUGUGCGUCGUGACCACAGAAGGACACCCGCCCGUUCACACCAUGCCGGCGAAAUUCGACGUUAUAGAGCGACUGAAGUUCUCUCCUCGGCCGCUGGAUUCGCGAGUGGAGGUUGGAGGGAACGUGAGCAUCCCAUGCGAGGCUAGGGGGGAGGUGACCCCUGAAGUGACUUGGUAUCGGCCUAAUGCUACUAAGCUGGUGGAAGCCGCCAGUCGAGAGAACAUCCAGGUGACGGACGGGACGCUGGAGGUGAUCGGGGCGGAGCUUCAGGACAGCGGUGUUUACGUCUGCAUGGCCUCGUCGCAGCAGGGCACGAUCAACGCCUCGGUCAACUUGGCUGUUAUAGAGAGCCCCGUGAUGGAGUGGGUGACGCCCAGCCCCGUGCAGGUGGACAAGGGAGCCACGCUGGUGCUGGAGUGCCGCGCGAGGGGGACGCCCAAACCCUCUAUACACUGGGACUACAACCACACGCCCAACGCCUUCGAUCCGGACAGGGUGGAGAUGCAUGGCAACGGCACGCUGCAGCUGUCGGGCGUACGACGUGAGGACGGCGGGGUGUACGGCUGCACGGCGGGCAAUAUGGGCGGGUUGGUGCGGGCGGAAAUCACCGUUAGCGUUUCGGGUGAAAGCAUCCAACCUCUGGGCAGAACUGUAGGCGUGGCAGUCGGAGGCGCUGCCGCCUACAUAGCCCUGGUUGGCGCCAUGCUCAUCUACUGCCGGCAGCGCAGACUGAGGCUCAAGAAUUCGCCUCCUCACACGCGAGGUAUGGCGGUCGGGGCGGCUCUAGAGAAGCCUUCAUUACCUCAUGUUUUUUCUUUUCUUUUCCCUCCUCCAGGCGAGGGAAGCGAGGAGGCGCAGAGCCCCGAGGAGCAGGAGCGGCUGAUGUACACCGCCCGGCAGAGCGGCGCCCUCGACGGCGACAUCCGCGAGUUCGGGGCGGCGACGUCCAAGCCCGGCGCACAGCUUGACCCCGCGUGCCAGGUGCAGCUGUCGCAGGUGUCGACGCACACGCUCGGCACCUCCACGCACCUGGGACUCUCGCAAGCGUCGACGAAGACCAUGGGCGGUUCCUCGGUGUCGACGCAGCACUCGUCUCCGCAGCAGGCCAACUCCUCGCCCUCCGCCCAGAGCACCGCUCAGGCCGGCCCGAGCGACGCCAUCUACCCACGCCAUGAGGCUUCGAACCACGCGGGCCAAGACAAGGCCAAGAUCCAGAGGGAGAACAUCCAGGUCCUUCUCACGCUCGGUCGCGGAGAAUUCGGCGAGGUCCAGUUGGCGCGACUGAGGACUUCGCCUGAGGACUCGGACGGCGAAGACACGCCCCCCGACCCCGAUAAGCUGGUUAUGGUGAAGGUGGUGAGCACGAGGGACGAGCAGCUCCUGGCCGAGGUGUGUCGUGAGGCGGCCAUGUUCAGUGGUCCUCCUCAUCCGCAUGUGGUCUCUGCUCUGGGCCUCUGCACCUCCCACACGCCGCAUCUGCUUGUGACUCAGUACACCGACUGGGGCGACUUGAAGCAGUUCCUGCUGGCCACGAGAAAGGAGUCCCCGCGUCCUCUGGGUAGCCUGCGUCCGCCGCCCUUGACCUACCAGCAGUGUCUCAGCUUAUCUUUGCAGGUCGCCGAGGCCUUGGAGUAUCUGAGCGGGAGGCGACACACCCACAAGGACGUCGCCGCGAGGAACUGCCUUAUCACCUCCAAGCUGCAGGUGAAGCUAGCUGCUCCGGCCCUCACCAGGGACGCCUACCAGGCCGAGUAUUGCACCUACAGGAACCAGGUGCUGCCGGUGAGAUGGCUGGCGCCCGAGGCUCUUCUCGAGGACGAAUACAGCAUGAAGAGCUCCGUGUUCUCGUGGGCUUGGCUCGCGUGGGAGGUCCUCACGCAGGCAACUCUUCCGCACUCGACUAUCACUGAUCAGCAGGUGAUGGCAGCCGCGCAAAACGGAGACCUCCAGUGCGCGCCGCCUCCAGGGACGCCGGCGGACCUUGGCAGUCUCCUCUCCUCGUGCUGGCAGCAGUCCCCGAAGGCUCGUCCCGCCAUCCAGUCCGUGGUCGAGACGCUGAAGACCCUCUCCUGA